AUGUCUCCAGAAAGACGCCUAGCUCUGGGAAUCGACCUGGGAACAUCAUGUAUCAAGCUGAGUUUGAUAGACAUCCAGACAGAGGAACAGGUGUUUGCAGUGUCCCGCCCCUCCAGGUCGCAGGUAGAGAGUGAUAUAGGUUCUCUCGGGUCUGAACAAUCCCCGGGAACCAUUCUCAGCACCCUGGAGGAGUGUCUGCAGCAGAUGACCACUACCCAGCAGAAGAGGGUUGCGGGGAUCGCCGUGACGGGUCAGGGAACCGGACUGAUCAUGUGGGCCGGGGGACGCGGAUGUAACAUCCACCCGGACACAGGGCAUCUGGUUGCAGGCAGUUGCAGCAACCUGUACACGUGGAUGGAUAGACGCUGCACCCCUGAGUUCGUGUCGUCCCUGCCCCCACCAGACUCAAAUAUACCAAUCAAAGCAGGUAUGGGCUGGGUCACACUGCAGUGGCUACAAAAACAUCGUCCUGGACUGAUAGAGGAGAAAGGUUACGACUGCGCGGGGACGAUCAUCGAAUACCUAAUUGCAGGCUUGUGUGAGCGAGGGACAGCUACUACAUCUGAGCUGCUAGCAUACAGCUUUGGGUACUUCGACGCCAAGUCUGCGUCCUGGAAUUCAGAUAUAUUAGAGGAAGCAGGGUUCCCGGUUCACAUGCUGCCGUCUCUUGUUCCGAGCGGUACUGUUGUGGGGCACCUGCCUCGCCCCUGGGGCCACAUACAGGACGGGGUGCCAGUGUAUGUGGGUGCGAUGGACACCCAGUGUGCAGUCCACUCUGUCAGACCUGGGGUGCACGAUGCAGUGUUCUAUAUUGGAACGUCGACACAACUUGGUUACGUCAUAACUGACGCCAGCUUCGACCCUAACAAGCGUCCUCCAGAUACGCCCGCAAACCUGGAGUAUCAGCCCUUCUUCCACGGAGGUCAUUAUGCAUCCUGCAGUGGGUUGGACGGUGGGAAUGUACUGGAGGCCUUUGUCAAGAUGCUGUACAGCUGGUUGCAGGAUUUGGGUGUGGUCGUGGAUGAAGAAACUAUAUGGAGAAAACUGCCUUCACUCGCCCUGGAUGCAACAAACAGCGAUCUUAAUAUAGACCCCAAAUUAUUUGGAACAUUUUUCCAACCUUCACCUUCCUGCAGCGUAAGGGGGAUAACUCCCGAAAACAUGACUUUAGGGCAGGUUUUCCAAUCACUCUGCUUUGGUGUUGUCGAUGAAAUCAGCAAUCAUAUGAAUGCUGAAUACCUUAAGGGGCGAGGAAUCUCAACGAUACACGCUGUUGGCCACGUGACAGCAGCUAUACCAUCGAUCAGUCAACGCCUUCGCGAGUUGUACGACGUCACCGUUGUCGUUCACGGCGAAGAAUGUAGUUCUGCCUUGGGUGCAGCCCUUGUGGUGAAGUAA